CCGAGAAUGCGCAAAGAACCUGGCUAUGGAACCAGCAGAGUGGCCGUGGCCAGUAAGAAGUGGAAACUGAGGGCGGUUCUGCUGCCAGUUGCCUUCGCCAGUAUGGUUCAGCAUCCAACCUUCUUCUUGCGCCAAGCUUUCUCCAGGACUUCAGCAGCUCGAAUGAGAGGCACUGGACAGGCCCAACUGUCAUUGGACUCGCCCCUAGCUGCGCCAUUGCGCACUCCGUGGUUUCCUGAACGGAAACCACUGCCUGAACGUUUGGUUCGCUUGGGCCACUGCAUGCUGGUUCCCGCUCUGGGGGCAUCCAAGCAGGAUGACCAGUUGGCUCAAAUGUUGAUGGAAGACAUCAAUAGAGCAGGAAAACAUUUGAGGAUGCAUCGGAGCAAACGGCACCUGCAGAUUUGGGGUGAACACCUGACUUCCUCCAAGACCUUCACUGCAGUGGUGGCCAGACUCACUUCACUCUUCGGGAUGUCCAUGGUGGAUUGUUGGGUCAACGUCUACCGGAAUGGUGGAGAAGAGAAGUCAGCUCAUCAUGACAACUACAAGGACCGGCGCCCAAAGCCCUGCGUGACCUUAGGGUUGAGCUUGGGCAGCCCCAGAGAUAUGCUUUUCAGGGAUAGGUUCAGUGGUGAAGAGUUUCGCGUGGAGCAGCGGAAUGGAGAUGUUUUCGCUUUUGACUCCACCUUCAACAAUCUCUUCAGCCAUGCCAUUCCUGUAGCCGAAGGCGACUCUAGCCUGCGCUUGUCUAUUAUCAUUUGGGCCACGGCUGGUGAUGACUUAGCUGUCCCUACUGUCACACGGAAAGGAGCAGGAUUCCCCAACCCAGAGGUGGUGAGGAAGAUGAAGGGGGGACCUUAUCUGAGGGUGCCAUGAAUUAGAAUCUAGUUCCCACUGGCUGCCUGGAGCGGCUAAGGAACUGGUCUGACUGGGAUCUUGCAGAUGGCCUGUGGUCUGAUUCAAGUGCUUUAGCCAGCUAGCCAGCAUUUUUGGCGUGGGUCCAGCAGCAAGAACACCUGCUCCUUCAAGUGGCCAUUGUCUCACCACCGUUUCGGGCUCCAAUAAUGCCCCAAAGUUGAGCUGUCUCCGCAAGACAAGCAGA